GGGCUGUCUGCACCACCGCUGUUUACCGGGGAGGGGGUGAUAUUUAAAACCUGCGAGAGCUUACAUAUUUACCCCAGUGAGCCUGACUGACUUGCCAUUUGGUGGGUGAAGACGCUGGAGACCACUCAUAGAGAAGAGGAAGAGAGUUUUUUAGUUGCUACUUUUAAGCUAGUAGGUUGCAGCUUUUACAGAUAGAAAACAACCCAGAGAAGAAGAGGAAGACAUAGAAAAACAAAAGAACAGUUGAACCCAAGGUUUGAGGAUAAAGGCGAGAAUAGAGGGGGAGGCACUUGGGGGAGGCAAGAGGUAGCCAGGCUGAGCUGACUUUCCCCCCCGAGGAGGAGUUGCAGUUGCCGGCCAGGGCAGGUCCCAGGGCUGGCAGGGCUGGCCCUACUGCUUCUCCACCUCCAUUCCUUCCUCCUCUCACUCCUCUUUCUCCUCCCUUUAACCAUCAACCACACUGCUGUGCAGUGAUGAACUCUCAGGCUGAGCCCGUGAGAAACACAGGAAUGCUUAGAAAAUCCUGCCAAAUGAACUUUUGUUCCUCAACUGAGGGAAACUCCAGAGGUUGAACCUCCACAGCAGUAGACUGUCACCCUUCUGUCUUGUCUUUCUUUUUCAGUGCACUCACUGGUUGAGUGCACUGAAAGACUGAGGGGAUUUUUUAUACACUUUUUUCUCUCUAUUUUUGCUUUCGUUAACCGCAACAGUGGCGACCUUUUCAGUAGCACGGUGCAAGGACCAGCUCCACUCACCCAAGAUGAGCCGCUGGCUGAAAUGCACCUCCAUGCACUUUGUAGAACACAGACUGGAACAAGUAUGAUGACCGGCUGAUGAAGGCCGUGGAGCGCAGAGAGUUGGACAAGGUGGCUGCUGUUCUCAGCAAGAAGGGCAUCAUCCCAACCAAGCUCGACGUUGAAGGGCGCUCAGCGUUUCAUUUGGCUGCAACGCGAGGACACCUGGAGUGUCUUAACCUCAUCCUGGGACACAGCGUGGAUGUCACUGCGACUGAUGCCACGGGUAAAAAUGCUCUCCAUCUGUCAUCAAGACAUGGACAUUCUCUGUGUGUGCAGAAACUCUUGCAGCACAACAGUCCAGUUGGAAAUGUGGACCUACAAGGAAGAACAGCUCUACAUGAUGCUGUCAUGGCUGGCUGCUCCUCCAGUGUGAAACUACUCUGUGACAGCGGCGCUUCUGUGAAUGCCACUGAUUUUGAUGGCAGGACACCUCUGGUACUGGCAACCCAGAUGUGUCAUCCACGUAUCUGUCAGCUCCUGCUGGAGCGAGGGGCCGACUUCACCACCCGCGACAAACAGAACAAGACUGCGCUGAUCCUGGGCUGCGAGUACAGCUGUAAGGAUGCAGUGGAGGUGUUGCUGAAGAGCGGCUCUGACGUGAAGGCAGUCGACAGCUUAGGUCACGACGCUUUCCACUACGCUCGCAUCAGCAAGAACAUGGAGCUUGUUGCGAUGGUCAAAGGUUACCUGGACAAAUCCACCAGAGAUAAGGAGGCUGCAAAGAUGGAACAGUGGAAGCGACAGCAUUCAGUGGAGAAAUCAGAGGCAGCUGAGGUUAACCGAAGGGAUCAGGUCAUACAUGACUUGGAGAGGCAGAACGAGGGCCUGCAGGAGAAUCUCAGGAAAUACCAACAGGAUCAGAGAGCCCUGCUGGAUAAGGUCAACAUGCUGCAGCAACAGCUCACACAGGAAAAGAUCACUGUAGGAGACACUCAGAAAGAGAAGGACCAGUUGAAAGUGCUACGUGGUACCAAAGAAAGAGAGGAAGGGGCUCGAGGCCCAGAGACGGUCAAAGUCCAGCUCCGGAGUACUUUGGGAGAUUACUCUGGACAGUCUGUCAUCAAAGGUAAAGAAAACAUUUUGGUGAAACAAGCUCACAGCCUGGAUUCUGAUCAGAUGCUCAAGAAUGCUCCCAUGGCGCGUUCGCUAUCCAGAUCUUCAGAGAAGGGUCCGUCCACUGUGGGCUGGGCAGUCUCUGGGGAACUGGACGGACUCCUACAAGAACUUGAUGAGGUCAAGAAGAGACAGCAUGCUUCAGAUGAAGAUGCGGCACGGCUUCAAUCCGCCCUGAACCGUAAAAACCGAGAGUACCAGGAGCUGGUCCAGAGCCGAGACACCAUCCAGAAACAGGCCGACCAGCAGGUCCAAGAGCUGGAGGACGCCCUGGGCGACGUCCAGAAGAGGAUGCUGGACUCUGAGUGUAAGGUUAAACAGCUGCAGGCCCAUGUAGUCGCUGUUAAGGAACACCUGGGGGGCCAGGGGGCCGAAGAGUUGCGCGCCCAGCUCCAGGACAUCAAGGCCAAGUAUGAAGGAGCUUCCGCCGAAGUGGGUCGCAUUCGUAAUCGCCUGAAACAGAGCGAGAAGGCCUUGGAGGAGUACAAGAGCAGCGAGAACCAGCUGGCAACAGAGGCAGAAAGUCUGAACCAAGAUCUGCAGGCGCUGACUGCAGAAAGAGAUGAACUAGCAGAAGCCUUUUUAGAAAUGGAAACCAAUUUGAAGGAGACCCUGGCUAAACAGGGCCACACGGUACCAGCUGAGAAGUUUGACAACAUGAAGAACCUGCUGAGCAACGCAGUCGACGAGAAGGAACGGCAGAUCGCCGAGCUGAGGGAGGACUACGAUCGCGUGCUGGAGGAAGUGGCAGAGCUCCACCGAAAGCUGGACAGUCCCUCAUCCCAGGGAGGAGCGGGGGCUGCUGAGGAGCAGCAGAGGAUCCUGAAGGCUCUCGAAGAGCAGAAUGCUUCUCUGAAAAGGAAACUGGUGGACGUGACUACCAGGAGCCAGUCUCUCAUUCUGGAGGUGGAGGAGAGUGAGGAGGAGAGGGAUAUACUACGAGAGCAGCUGGACGAGCUCAACAGUAGGAUGGAGAGCGACUUCGUACCCAUGACGAUGCACGAUGAAGCCCGGGGGAACAUGGUGACAGCUUUGGAGGAGUUAGAGGACAAACUGGUAGAAGCCAGCGAACGUUACGGAAAAGCAGAGGCGCAAGUCCAGCAGCUUCAGAGCGAGAGGAUAGCGCUGCAGGAGACAGCCGUGAGCAGUGUGCAGAGCGCCAGCGAGAGACACCAAGGUGAGAUGGACGCUCUGAGGUCUCAGAACGCCGACAUGAUGAAGAAACUUGAAGCUUUGCAGAGCAGAUGUGAAGACAGAGAUAAAGAGUGUGUGCAGCUGAGCACGCAGAGCCAGACUCUGAAACGGAGCUUGGAGGGAGAGUACGUUCCCAGGCAGCAGCACGAGCAAGUGAAGAUGGAGUUGAGCUCCACCUUGGAGAGAGCCAAAGCUGAGAUAUUGAAGUUGGAGACCAAGGGAAAAGAAAGUGCAGAAGAAUUAAAGAAUAUGAAAGAAGGAAACGAUAAGUCGAAAGAAAAGUUGGACAAAGCCCUGUUGGAGAUGAAAAAAGAAUAUAUAAGUGUAAAAGAACACAAAGCUAUCGCAGACAAGCUGAAUGCUGCAAUUGUGGAGGCAGAGAACAAAGCUAACGAAGUGUCAGGGAGGUAUGUGUCCGCUCAGGAGGAAACCAUCAAGCUCACCCAAGAACUGGAGGCGCAGAAGAAAGAACUCGAUACCAUUCAGGAGGCUAUUCUGUCAAAGUUCAUCCCACUGACGGCGGCGGAGGAGAAGGAACACUCUCACAGUGCCAAGGUGAAGGAGUUGACAGUGAAGCUGUCGGAAAUAGAAGAGAAGUAUAACAAGGAGAGGUCUGUCAAUGAGGGCAACCAACAGGAGAAAGACAAACUAAAGGUUGAGAGUGAAUCUGUCCAACAGAGACUAGACUCUGCCAGUGAAAAGCACAAGAAUGUGGAGAAAGAGUUCAAGGGUAACAUUGAGGAAUUAACUCAGAAGUUGGCCAGCUUGGAGCGGCAGCACAAGGAGGCAACGCUUCAGAAGGCUGAUCUUCAAGAGCAGAAGGCCCUGAGCAAGGCUCAGAUCCAGAACCUCCAGGAGCGUCUGAAAGCAGAGUUAACUCGGAUAGCAACAUACGACACGGAGCUUAAAGCCCUCCAUGACGCCAUGCAGCACGCACAGGCCGACUGCAAGAAAGCCAGAGAGGCUCAGCAGGAGGAGGCCCAGAGGGUGGGCGCCUUGCAGAGAGAGGUUCAGGAACGCCGCGGGGAUCAAGCGUCUCUGCUGCAUCAUCAAGCCGAGGCCCAGGAUGCCCUGCAGGCCGAAGUCACCCAGCUUCGAUUGGCUCUCCGUGAAGAGGAGGAGAACAACGCCCAGAGAGCCGAAGAUGUGUCUGCCCUGCAAUCUGAGCUCCUGCAGGCCACACAGGCUCUGGAGAAUCACCGCUACAAAGAAGACCAAAUCAACCAGCUGAAGAAGGAGAAGCAGCAGCUGGAGGAGCAGGCCAACGCCCUGAGCAGCAAACUACUGAGCUCCACAGAGGGGGGAGACGAGGCGCGCAGAGAGGCCCAGCACGCCAGGGAGGGGGAGGGCAGGGCCCGCACAGAGAUGGAGGAGGUCACGGAGAAGGGACGCGUCAUCGAGAGGGAAGUGAGGGAGCUGAAGGAACGAUACGAGGAGUCGCUCGGCACCAUCUGUGAUCUAAAGAAGAGGAUUCAGACGUCAGCGCAGCAGACUGAAGCCAAAGACAGGAAGAUCACAGAGUUGCUGACAGAUGUUGAGCGGUUGAAGCAGGCGCUGAACGGUCUGUCCCAGCUGGCAAUCACAAGCAAUGCGCCCAACAAGAGGCAGACGCAGCACAUCGACACACUCCACGCCCAGAUCAAGAACCUGCAGCAACAGCUGGCUGAUGCUGAGAGGCAACACAGGGAGGUGGUUUCCAUUUAUAGGACGCACCUUCUCAGUGCAGCACAGGGCCACAUGGAUGAAGACGUCCAAGCCGCCUUACUACAGAUCAUCCGCAUGAGACAGGAGUUUGUGUGUUAAAGCUUCCUCCGACGAAACAAAACGCUGCCUUCGGACUCAAAACUAUCAUUCUCCCAUCAUCUUCCUCUGCUGAGCCCCCUGCUGUGGCCCCUGUGGGUGCCCAGUGUGUGUGUGUGUGUGUGUGACACACACACACACACACACACACACACACACACACACACACACACACACACACACACACACACACACACACACACACACACACACACACACACACACACACACACACACACACACUGUGUGUGUGCGACUAUGACUAUGUGUUUGUCAUCCGGCACAAUUUCUCCAAACAGGCAAUAUUUUGUGGUAUCCCCUCUUUGGUUCCCAAAUCUCCAUUUUUAGGGUAAAAGUGAAUAACUGUAGAUUUUAGAUACCGAUGUAGAUACAGAGGUUGAUUUUUAACUCCAGUAGAAACUCAGAAAACCAAGCAAAAAAAAGGAUGUUUAUCAAUUUCUGUAUAGAGCUGACUCGUAUUGAUCAUUACAGUAUGUGAAAAUGAGAUUUCAUACAAUUCUGUCAGAUCUAUGAUAAAUUAUAAUACACACCUAUGCAUUUAUAUCAAGCUUCAUAUUCAGUGCUCUGCAGCGUUAGUUCAAAUGUAGGUCCCAUUCUUAGAUUACUCUCUGAAAUGUAAAAUGGACACGAUCUCAAAGACCACUUUUCACAUUCCCUCCGGACAGUCAGCUCUCAUACGGUACAUCUGUGUUUUCUUCUUUCUGUUUGCUAACAUCUUCUGGGUAGGUUCACAGGGUUUCAAGUCUGACCACUGACAUAUAUGUUGCUUGCUAUAAUUGUUCUUGAACAAAUUCCUUUUUGUGUUUCCUUGCUGAACUGUAGGGACAUCACAACAAAACGAGUACAUUUCGCAAAAACAUCUCUGUUUUUUUAGAAGGUAGCUACUUGAUUUGACUUCACAGAGUGGAAUUUGUCCCCUCUGUCUUACAUUCAAAUAGCAGUAUCAGGUGACCCCUGUAUACCUGUUGUAGAGAGGAAGAAACAAAUAACUGUUAGUGCUCAAGUAUUGUUUAAAGGCAGACUUGAAACAAUGUGAACCUAUUCUUUAAAAGCCACAAUGAGUAGUUGUGUUAGUUGCCAAUGGUAAACACAACUAAAUGAACAUCAGCAGUUGAAAGUCAACUCCAGAUUCAAUCUCAUUUUGAAACGAGCUUUGUCUGCUUGACAUCUCACCUUGCUAUAUGUGUUGUUUUUUUUGGUGCCGUGUCCACCAUUCUUGUAGCUUUCUCUUUAGCCAGUGCUUACGAUCUUGCACUUUUAUCAAUUUGUUUUUUAUAGAGAUUGAUAUACAGGUUUAAAACAGGCAGAGGGCUGCAGUGUCUGCAGUAACAGACAUGCCACAAAUAUUAUACACAUAUCGAAAGGGAUUUCUAUUUCUAUACAUAGUUUCUUCUAAAACCUACUCAUUGUGCCUUUGACCUUGUUCAUGUCAGCUUGUUCUUGCGACCUUUGCUUCUUUCUUUGUUCAUAUUGUUGGUGGUUAUCAUCUCCACCAGGUCCAAACUACAGUAGCAGAUAAGUUUUCAGAAAAAAUCCAAAGACCUUAAUCUAAAACUACUCGCCAUUUUAUGUUAUGUGACAGAUUUGGGAGUCAUGUCACGCAUACAGUCUGCUUUAUUCAGUCUGGACAUGCUUUGUGCUGGAUUUGACUCAUAGAGAGGAGAUCUCUUGCUGUGUCCUAGUUUGCAGUGGCACGUCGUCCUUUUGUUGGAACCAGAGUGUCCUCUAGUGGAGAGACUUGGCAGGCCAAGUUGAUAGAAAUUGUAAUAGUCAGUGUGGCCCAGGGGUAGGCAGCUGUUGUUGUUGGAUGCUGUGAUAUCUGCAUUACAUUGGGAAAUGUCAGAAUAGAAUUUGAACUGUGAAUUGGUACUCUACAUUGUCAGAGUUAAAAUGACUAAUAGCUGUUGAUUUGCAUUAGUGGUUGUACACAAAACUACUUUCCAAAGACAGCAAAUGUCCCGGCUUGAUAAAAAUGGUGAUUUCUGAAGCGGUGAACUCGUCUAGAGCAACUCUGCGUACCCCUGAGCAGCUCUGUGUGAAUCUUGAUGGUGUCGUGUAGUGGUGUUGUGAUUGUUGAGCGAGUCUCUUAUGCCUUUACACUGAUAUAUUUUUCAUAGCUUUGUACUACUCUAAUUACUGUACUACAGUGUGACAAUUCUGAUAUUCAGCAGGUCUGGAAGUAGAACGGCACGAAACGCGUUACUGUCGGACGCCAUGUGACGAGUUCCCUUUAUUUAUGUGGAUAGACAAACACCUUAAUGGUUAGUUUUUGUAAGCACUCCUGUCUUUACCUCUCAGUUAAAACACUACCAACUAAUAAUUCUCGCUCUCUUUUUUUAUAUUUUGGCCAAAAUCUCUGUUUAAACCAACAGAUAGUUUAGAAAAUACCUUUUGCAUUUUGUUAUGCAGAUGUUAGGAUUAACACUUACUGUAUUCCCUCUACUGUUAACAUAGUCUAUUUAAAUUCAAUCAAUGUAAAUCUCUGUAUAAAUACACUGUACUCCAAUCUGUUUUAAUAGGUUGACAAUAAUUCUUGUGUUUGUGAAUCAGUAAUACAAAAUCAAUAAAAGUGCCUAACAUAGAAACUACUUUUUUGUUCAGUGUUUUUUGUCAUUAAAGAACUUCAAGCAUUUUUGAGUCCAGACGGAAAUACCUCGACAAAUGUUUGAUGAAUUGACAUAA